UCUUGCAGAUGUUUAGCAAUAAUUACAAAUGGAUUAAUCGGAUUAGAUUCCUCCCUUCACGCCUCUGCAGAUACCUCUCCUGCUCGAACCAGACGCGCACAUGACUCGAAGAAAAUCCCGGAAAAAGCCGAUCAUAGGCGAAGCUGGCCGAAGUAAUAUCCUUACUGUUGACUGUUCAGCCUCAGCUCUCGCGCGGUUAUGCGAAGUAAACAUGGCGAAGAGGAAGGACAGUUUCGAUCAAGUCUUUGACAACAAAGGUGGACAGGAAAAACAAUCAGAAACCUUGCAAAGAGCAAUACGAGUAAAUGGUCGUUAUGUCGAUCCUUGGGGUACCGCCCAUAUGCCAUCAUUGUUUGAGGUUCUAACAUGGAAGUUAACUGAGAAAAAUGAACGAGGAAUUCGAGGAAGUUGGAGAGAACUGUUUCGUUUCAACACUGAGGAACUGGAGAAAAACCUUCCUGUACUGACCCUCGACAGUGCAGUUCUAUCAUCACCUCCCUCAGAUAACAUUCAAGUGACUUGGCUUGGACAUGCCAGCGUUCUUGUCCAAAUGGAUGGUUUCAAUAUUUUAGCUGACCCCAUCCUCAACAGCUACUGUGGACCCACACAAAUGUUCAGCAUGACGCGUUACAGACCUGCUCCCUGUACAGUAAAUGAACUUCCCAGAAUUGAUGCAGUCUGCAUUAGUCAUGACCACUACGACCAUCUAGAUUUAAAAACUGUCAAGGAACUUCAUCAGAGGUUUGGAGAUCAACUACAGUGGUUCGUUCCCAUGGGGCUAAAAUCGUGGAUGGCGAGCAGUGGCUGUAAAAAUGCCGUGGAACUUGAAUGGUGGGAGGAGUCAGAGCUUUCAAAGAAAACUGAUACUGACAUUCAAAGCCACAGAACUGUAAAGUUUGUCUUCACUCCAACUCAACACUGGUGUCGUCGCUCAGCAACAGAUAAAAACCAAGUGUUAUGGGGAAGUUGGACCAUCAUAGGGCCUAGGCAUAGGUUUUUCUUUGCUGGGGAUACUGGUUACUGUAAAGGAUUCAAGCAGAUUGGAAAACACUUUGGACCAUUUGACUUUGCAGCGAUACCAAUUGGUGCCUAUAAGCCCAGAUGGUUUGCACAAUUUGCACAUGUUGAUCCAAAAGAAGCUGUUUGUAUUCAUGAAGAUGUUCAAUCUCGCUGUUCGUUAGGAAUUCACUGGGGAACAUUUCCUACAGGAAAAGAGCAUUACAUGGAUCCACCAAAGGAUCUUAGUGAAGCACUCAAGGCAAAAGAAAUACCAGAAGACAGCUUCUUUAUCAUGAAACAUGGAGAAACCAGAGUCAUAAAGUGAAUGAAGAAUAACAACCACUUUAAUGUGAAUAUACAUGUAGUAUUGGGAGCUGUCUGCUUAAAAAUGGAGGGUUGGAAUCUCUGGUUAAGACCUAAACAAAAAUCUAUGUUAAGAGACAUUUUGAUAUUUAAAAUGAAUUUUAGGUCAGAAUGAUUUAAAAUUAGUUUGUUUUGUUUUAUGCUUUGUUAGAGGUAUAUUUAGUUUUUUAUUUAUUUUAUUUACCAUUAUAAAUAACAUUUCAAAAAUUGGCACAGAAAGAAAAGGCAGAUUAAUUAAAAUUUUUCCAGGUACAGUACCAGAGCCAUUUUUAUAAACAGAGGAAAUGCAAAACUAGCUAGUUUGAAAUUGAUUUAACCUGAAGUCCUAAGGCUUUUAAAUUAACAAUAAAACAAACAUUAACUAUUACUGAAUUGUGAUUUAAUCAUUUUAUUUUGGCACCUAAAGGUCCAAGAAAAAAAUUUCUGUAAAUUUGUAUUCAAAAUGUACUUACUAUUAAAUCAGAGUGAAGAUCUCAUUUCUUGCAUUACA